CGAUUAAAUAGACGUAACCAUGGAGGUCUUCCUAAGGAGGCAUGUAAGCCCGAAUCAACUAACACGAGCUAUACAUACUAAUAGAUACAUUCUAUCCAAGAAUCACAGUACACACCGCAACGUAAUCCAAUCGGACAUUACCAACCAGCGCAGUAAGCAUAUACCUACGACUAGUAACAUAUUACGUACACCAAGCGAAAAGAUUAUUGAAAAAAUCAUACAACAACGUAGAUGCAACAACAACUCAAACCCAGGGGAUGUAUACCAACUGGCAAAUGAGUACCUGAAUCUAGAACAUGACCAACGUGUACUCAGCCCUUCACAGGAUGCAUUGCUUCAACAGAAAAUAAACACCCUGAUACAACAAAGAUUCAACUAUAAUCCAGUUGCUCAAGCAGGUGAUGCACUUAAAGCUGCUAAACAAGAUUGCAGCACUGCUGCUUCAACAAAUGAAGUCCAGGAAGAAGAUACUGCUUUAAAUCUUGACAAUAUACCCAUGCGCAAUGGGACUGUUUUAACCCUAGAUACCACAGCUAUACCAUCGCAAAAUGAAGCAUCGGAUAUAUUCGAGUCAUUGGGCACCAACAGGGUAGAUGUACCAAUGCUAUCAAUCUGGACAUCGGAGAGAUCGAUAGAAUCUGUGUACUAUAAUGGUUACAUACUGCCGCUAGUGGCCAGUGAUGUAGAGAAGGAAUAUAUAUCACUCAGGAAUAGUGCAGUACUCUUCAACAAGUCAUAUGCACUGGCCAUAUUAGUCAUGGGACAGCACGCAACCGAGUUCCUGGAGCACUUUGUCACAGCAGAAGUGAAGAGUAUCGAGAAGGGACUCUUGCAAUAUACACCGAUAUUGGACACAAAGGGAUCCGUAAUGGAUAUGGCAUAUAUAGCCAAUUAUGGGACACACUACAUGAUACUUACCAACGGACUCCAUAAACGGAAUCUGUACGAUUAUAUGACGGCAUAUCUAGUAUCAUGCAAAAGAGAAGGACUUGAUGUAACCAUGAAACCAAUGAGAAAUAGCUCAGUCAUCAGCCUACAGGGGCCUAAAUCGGAGAUAGUAUUGAGAACACUAGAAUAUGGGCCAAAUGUAUUGAACCUAGAUCUAGCGAUAACAAAUUUCAUGAAUUGCUUUGAGUGCCAACUCAUAUGGAAGGAUCUAGACCUAACACAAACUGAAAGUAUAUACACGAUGAGGAUAAGCGAUGUGGGUGAGGAUGGCUUCGAGUUUAUAGGAAACCCGGGAGCUAUUAGAGCACUGGCAAAAACCUUGGCGAACCAUGAGCUAGUUCUACCCGCGGGAUUCACAGUAUACGAUGCAGCAAGGAUGGAAGCGGGAAUCAUGAGAACCGAUGUGGAUAUACCAACAGAAGCAUCACCAAUACAGACUUCAGUCACGUGGUCAUUAGACAUGAAGAGAUUAAGAUAUGGUACAAUGUUCGGGAAACCACAUAUCAUCGCACAAAUGACCAAUGGCGUAGCCAAGGUGCGCGUCGGGGUAAUGUCAAACGAAAUGCUGACUACCGACUGCUACAUACUCAAGGAGGAUACACGAAAACCAAUAGGGUUCAUCACCUCGUCAACAUGGAGCCAAGGGUUGCAAAUGUACCUGUCGCAAGCAUAUGUCAACACGGAACACGCAAGACACGAUAUGACGGUAUACAUAAGCAUGCCAGUGAAACCAGAAUCACCAUUGACAAAACGAGAAUUCCGGAAAUACUAUCGCAAUAAGACAAAAAGGCAGUUUAUAAGAGGUACAGUGGUAAAGCUGCCCUUCGUACUACACAAUUAUAAAAUAAAGGAAGAACAGAAAAACUACGUAGGCGGUAGAAAUGUGCCACUACAAAAAAGUGAUCGCCAUGGCGUUCAUAAAGAAAGUCAGAUUAAUCAAGAUAUGGAGCAUAAAAACGAAGUUAAAACAAAGAAACAAUUGUGGAAUGAAGUUAUAGCGAAACAACGUAAACAAAACGCAAAAACAUUGGAAAAGGCAAUUGAAUAUAUAGAGAAAACAACUACAACGGCCUGCGUCAGUAAAAUGGAAUCAAAAGAAUUUGACAUGAAGACGACGACACUCCCAGUAGACAGAUUGAAUAUAGCGCCAAGGGAUAAUGUGCCACUCGUAGAUGCAAUACAAUAUUAUAAACAAAGACAUGAAAAACCAGUACCACCGAGACACAGAAGAUAUAGACCAAUAAUAACAGGAACACAGACAAAUGUGUAAUC